GCCUACCUCGUAGCCGAGAUCCGGUCAGAGUUGUCGCGGUGGACAAACACCUGGCACCUGGAACACUGGAAUCCGACGCUUGCGGUGCCCUUCUCCUUUUGGCUCGUGCAGAAUUUGCCCCUACCCUGUUCUACCAAGGCCCAACUGUUGGAGAUUGAUCACGUGGUCCAGCGACUACGGGCCAUCCUACAAUUAACCAGAAAGGUUUGUUUAGGCUUCCCCCCUGCCCCGAUUAGACUUUGGGAAAUUGACUGCCUUUGGGUGAGCUAA